CAGACUCAACUUUAGACUGGCAAAAUGACAGCAGAGACCAGCUGAAACACAGUGACUCAUAUGAUGAAAAUAACUUUCUCUAUCUCAAAAUCCUACACACUAGUAGACUAGUGCCUGGACACAUAUUAAAUUUAUCCUGAGAAACAUUUCACGACCUGAUGUGGGUCAGUUUAGAGCCAGCAGGUGAGGCAGUGAAAAAAGAAAGUGGUGGAUAAGAAGAAAAUAAGAGACACACAGGCCCCCGUGGAAGCUAUAACUAGCUCGUCUUAAUUCAGGUUUAUUCAAUCCUUGGUCCAAUGGACAAGUGGAAGAAACCUAGAAGGAAGUUUUUCUUCAUCUCCAUUGGCAUCAUCAUCUUCACGGUCGUGGUUUUGAACUUCUCUGGGCCAGACAGGGCUUUUCCAGACCCAAUCAGAAACCUGCGUCAGGUUGCAAAAAAAUGCCCCAUAGUCAUAUCUGACCAGACCAUCACCCCUCUAAACUAUACCAAGCACUUGCUGGUGUCAGCAUACAUGGACCACAGGGUGAAAGGCUUUGAUAUACGAAUUAUAAGCAUAUUCAGAAGAGACUCCAUCCAGCCCCUUGACUGUCUUUUGUGCUGCACAGGGCUUUUAUCAAGUACAACAACUCAAGCAAAAAUUAUAGAACACUCAGACAACUUUGGUUUUCCUUUUGUCACCACAGAUGUCUUGUGUCAGAUUCCACAAAACUGCAGUGCUACACAUGUCAGUAUCAUUAAAUCUGGCGACAUGAUGCUGUCCUUGCCGACUUGGCUUCCUAUAAGAAACCAGAAGACUGCGGGGAAGGAAAAGAAGAAGAUACAGUUUGACUUUACUGUCUGCAUCUCCAACCUGUUUGAAUCCAACAACGUACUGCAGUAUGCACAGACUCUGGAGAUGUACAGGCUGCUUGGUGUGGGCAGAGUGGUGAUCUACAACACCAGCUGUGGCCAAGACCUCAACCGCCUGCUGAAGAGCUACAGCGACGAGGGCUUUGUGGAGAUGGUGCCCUGGCCCAUCAACAAGCAUCUAAAUUCAUCUCGGGGCCAGCUCUUCUCGAAGCACGGAGGGGAUGUGUACUACUUUGGCCAGCUGGCCACUCUGAAUGAGUGCAUUUACAGAUCCAUGGACCGCUCUCACUAUGCCCUGUUGCAUGACAUCAAUGAGAUUAUGAUGCCUUACAAACAUAACAGUCUUAAACCUCUGAUGGACAUGCUCCAAAAGCAGCAUCCUAAAGUUGGUGUGUUUCUCGUUGAAAACCACGUCUACACCAAGAAACCCUUUGAGAAAGCGAAACGCACCCCCCUCCCUGAAUGGCCGGGUGUGCCAGGCUUUAAUAUUCUGGCAAACAUGUAUAGAGCAGAGCCUGACAGAUCUGCAGAUUUCCAUCCAUACAAGCUGAUAGUUCAGCCAAGGAUGGUGGCACAGACUUCGGUCCAUUCUGUGCUCAAGAAGGUUGGUGAGCAGUUUAAGAUCCCUCCACAGCUGUGUCAUGUGAUUCACUUUCCUCUGGACACCCCUCACGUUCAGCCGCCUGGUUUGAUCAGCAUGGACAUGAGACUAUGGGACUUUAAUAAGAAGCUGAUCCCAAAUGUGAACAAGGUGCUGAGGAAAGUGGGUCUGUUUGGCUCAAAGGUGCCCAGCUGAUGGAUGAGGUGGUCCAACAGAGAAGAGAUGGAGUCAGUGUUUCUUCACCCCUCAUGGCCCUCUGGGAUCUCUGUCUCGCUCCAAUAAAGUACAUCUAUUCUCUUGAAUCCAUAUUAUUGAUAUUGCUGUAAUAAAAUCAACUUAAUGUUUC